UCUAUGUUGAAUUUGCCAUGGUAAACUGCGAAGACUUUAGCGUAGCAUUUCUUUUAUUUUUCUGUUGAUGAAAUGAAUGAAUAAGAGCACAAUAUUUAAUGCAUUCAUUUUAGAAGCAAUUUUGUUUCUAAUACAUGUAAUAUAUGAAGUUUGAUUAUGGCUACAACCGCGUAUGAACGUGAUGCAGAUGGAAGUAAAUUUAUACCAGCGACUCAGCGGCCAGAUGGUACGUGGCGUAAGCCUAGACGAGUAAAAGAUGGUUAUGUACCUCAAGAAGAAAUACCCCUCUAUGAGAGCAAAGGAAAACAGUUCAAAUCGAGACAAAACACUGGAUUACCGGUUGGAUUGCCUCCAGAAAUAGCAGCUGAGGCAAGAAAAUCUAAAAAAGGUUCCAAUUGUACUCAGCCAAUACCAGGCAUGAUUAUCAAUGUUGAGAAGAAAAAAAAGAAGAAGAAAUCUGGGGCAGAGGAAAUUACAGAUAAACUUUUGAAAUGUGGAAUAAGUGAACCUACAUUUAAUAAUGAUCUAUCAAGUAGUACAGUUCAAUCUGAUCCUGUAAAAAAAUUGAAAAACCUAAGGAAAAAACUGAGAGACAUUGAAACUCUUGAAGAAAAGAUUAAAAUUGGAACUUUAACAAAUCCUGACAAGGAUCAGAAAGAAAAAAUGUCGAAGAAAAAUGACAUUAUUGAAGCAAUACAAGAAUUAGAAAAACUCUCUAGUGUGUAGAAUUAAAUAGAUUUAUUUGGUAAAGUAAAAGAAUUUUCUCAUUUAUAAAUAUGCAAGGGUUUUGCAGAAGUAAUUAAGAUAAUUAAAAUGACAUUAUUU